AUGCCUGGCCACCAUACCUUUGUUCUUAGCCUAUGUUUCAUACUGACCACACCGAGGUGUCCUUCGUGGGCUAACGUCAAGACGCGGGGUCUAAGCUUGCGUGGAACUACAAUUCUCGUACCUCUCAAUAUAAGCUUUCAGAAAUGGGACUGUACCCGUCUUUUCUUCGCCAUUCUUCACUCGAAUGCUAUUGGGAAAGAUCUCGAUUCCGGUGUAAAGAAAGCCGUGAAUGAUUUACGUUUAAUCCGUAAUGAAGUCUUUGGCCAUUUAUCAUCUGGCAAGUUAACUGARCACAAGUUCCAAACGUCUAUGAAUACGGUUAAAACUGCGUUUGCUACCUUACAUCUUGAUACAGCUGAUAUCGAGGAAGUUAGAAACCAGAAMACGUUUCCUAUAGAGGAACUUCGUGUCACUCAGGAACUGCUAGAAAAGGAAAAGAUGCGUAACGAGGAACCAGAAGCUUUUUGCGUUUUGCCRCCCAAACCCAGCCAUGAAGUUUCCUAYCGUGAAAAAGAAACCAAGAACAUAUUACAGGAAAUGGAAAAGUUGARAAAUACUAAACCUAAUGAGAUAACUGUAAUAUAUCUGUCUGGGAAUCCUGGCUGUGGCAAAAGUGAAGUAGCAAGGCAGAUUGGUGAGAAAGUGUUUGAUGAUGUUCCUGAUAAGGAGACAGAAGUAAAAUUUGUUUUCACUCUUAAUGCAUCAUCUAUCGACAGAUUAAUAGAAUCGUAUGUAGAGUUUGCUGUAAGCCUAAAGUGCGAUGAGAAUUCUACAACAAAUAUUGGUACAUCAACGGAUCUCUCCCAGGAAGACAAACUUUUUCAUCUUAAACGUCUUGUAGCUCCAAAAUUGCGAAAGUAUUCCUCAUGGCUCCUGAUCGUGGAUAACGUCACAGAUCUGAAAUCGGUUUUCAGAUAUUUGCUAGAGGCAGGAGAAAAGACUGACGGCAAAGGUCAGAUACUGGUUACCACUCAAGACAGUAGAUCCAUUCCUGAUGAUUCUUACACUUACCAUAUAUCUCUUAGUCGCGGUAUGAAUCUUGAUGAAGCGAUGGGUACGCUUUUGGUGAUAUCUGACAUGGCUGCUGAUGACGAAGUCACAACUCAAGUUGCCAAAACUCUUGAUUUGCAACCUUUAGCACUUGCAUGUGCUGCAACUUACAUGAAAUGUGUACGCAAGACCACACCAAGGUUCUCAUGGCAACAAUACCUGCAAAAGCUUGAACAAGGCAAGAGAGAAGCGACUGAAGGAGWAUAUAAAAAAAUCAGCAGARCGUAUACCCAAACGAUGACAGCAGCAGUCAAGUUGGCCAUAGAAAGAGAACUGGCAGAAGAUGCGGUUAUGCUACAUGCUUUUAAAUUCUUGUCUGCCAUGGCUCCCGAAACGAUACCACUAGAAUAUAUCGUCCAGUACGUAACACGGAGUAUGCCGGAUGAAGACAAAGAACUUGUGGCUGCCAAUGUAACCUCAUCUUCACUCAUUCUUUCUUUUGAAGGUCAAUCACAAGAAAUAUGUGUGCAUCAAGUAGUGCAUGCAUGUCUAAAUACUAUCCUACGACAGCAAAGUAUGGAUGAA